AUGCCCAAAAUCGCCGUUCUUGUUCUAGAUACUCCAGUACCAACAUUUAAAGAAACUUAUGGUGAUUUCGGGGAUCAAGCCAUCCAAGUUUUGCAGACAUCUCCAUUAUCGAAAGAUUUCGAGUUUGUGAAGUUUAAGACAAUAGACAAGUUUGAGGUCCCAGCCAUUGAAGAUCUCAAAGCUGGAAAAUACGCUGCUUUGUAUCUUUCUGGUUCUAGAUGUGAUUCUUUCGAUGAUUCAAUAGAAUGGAUCAGAAAAUUGGUCCUUUACAUCAAAACUAUACUCCAGCUUCAAGUCCAGGAUCCAAAAUUUAAAAUCGUGCUUAUAGGAGUCUGCUUUGGCCAUCAAAUCAUCGCCAGAGCUGCCGGACUUGAUGUAGGCAGAAAUCCAAAAGGUUGGGAAAUAGGUGUCACAAAAGUUUCAUCGAGUGAAAAAUUCGCAACCGACUUCAACUGCCCUUCUUUCAAUGUUGUCGAAAUGCAUCAGGAUAUUGUGCUUUCGGGAAAACUUCCAGAUUCCUGGUAUCUUGUUGGUUCGACGCCAAUUGCAAGAUUCCAGGGUCUUUACUCUCCUGGUCACGUGAUCACGUUUCAAGGGCAUCCUGAAUUCAGCACAGAAUUUGGAGAUAAGUUGGUUGUCAAACGGCGGGAUAGUGGAGUGAUAACUGAUGAAAAAUACAGGGAGAUUGUGCGGCGGAACAAAGAGUUACCUAAUGAAGGCUCUUUAUUGGCUGGAAUAAUAAUGAAGAUAGUUGUUGGCAAUUGA